CGAAGAUGAAAAAAAAAAGCUGCUGAUACCAACCAUUAGCAAGUUCCACGCGGGCUAUCCGUACUCCAAUUUUUCCACCAUCUUCACUCUUCAGGACCAUGGUGCCCGCUUGCCAACUACCGGUGACCACCUUUCCCUCUCAACUCAAGUCUCACACAGACCUUUACCGGCUAUCCUCUCCCAUCUCUUUUUUCCGUCACUUCCCCCCUCCAUGGAACCUCCAUAACACCGGCAAUCUCUUGGCGGUAAAAUAUGUUAGAGAGCUAGCUGAACCGGGGACGGUGAAGUGGAGAACUAGGGUUUCCUUUUUACCCUCCUCUCCUAAAAACAAGAGUCGGGAGGAUGUCAAGCUGGAACUGUUGAAGGCCAUCGCGGAGCUCGAUCGCGGCGCCGAGGCCACUUCUGAGGAACAGGAGCGCGUCGACCAGAUAGCACGUGAGCUUGAGGCAGUUAAUCCAAUUACGGAGCCACUCAAAUCUGAUUUACUCAAUGGAAAAUGGGAGCUUUUAUAUACAACUUCCAAGUCCAUUCUUCAACCCCAGAGACCCAAAAUUUUUCGUCCUUUCGGGAAGAUCUAUCAAGCCAUCAAUGCUGAUACAUUAAGGGCUCAAAAUAUAGAAACUUGGCCUUACUUCAAUCAGGUAACUGCUAACUUAGUACCUCUCAACGCAAGAAGGGUUGCUGUUAAAUUUGACAGAUUUAAAAUUGGUGGAUUGAUACCUAUAGUGGCACCUGGAAGAGCGCGUGGGGAGUUAGAAAUUACAUACCUGGAUGAAGAGAUAAGGGUUUCUAGGGGUGACAAGGGAAAUUUAUUCAUUCUGAAGAUGGUGGACCCAGCAUAUCGAGUCCCAAGUUGAUAGUUCAUGGAAAAAUUUACGGAGAUUUUUAGUGGCUGGAUUCUACUUUAUUUAUAAAUUGGGCAUCUAAACAUAAAAAAUUAAAUAACAAAUUUAUGUAUGUGUGAUUCAAUUGAGUUGUUUAGAAGUUGACAAAUAAAAUUGAUAGUUUUGUUUUGAUCUUCAAGAUUUACAUAAUAUUGUUAUAAAUAAAAAUAUUUUACUGUAAUUUUCUCA